ACCACCAAGCAGCGAGUUAAAGUCGAUACGAUACACAGUCUGUCUCUGUUAUAAAUAGAAACUAAUUUAUGUACUAUAUAAAAUAAUUUACUAUAUACAAUAUCAUAAUUUAAAACGUACAUUUUUUCGCAAUUACAAAAAUGUUUCUACUACUUUUUACAAUACUACUAUUCUCGCUAAUCGCAUGGAAGGGUUUGAAGUUCGUAAAUUACAUUGAUAAUGUUAUGGGCAUUAUGGAGAAGAUACCUGGACCAACUCCAUAUCCUUUUGUUGGCAAUUUAUUUCAGUUCGGACUUAAGCCAGAAGAAUAUCCUAAGAAAAUUUUACAGUAUUGUCGGAAAUAUAACUUCCAGGGCUUCCGUUCGAUGGUGUUCUUCCAGUAUCAUGUCAUGUUGAGUGAUCCGGCGGAAAUUCAAAAUAUCCUCAGCAGUUCUUCGCUACUCUACAAAGAGCAUCUCUAUUCGUUCUUGCGUCCUUGGCUGGGCGAUGGCCUUGUUACCGCAGCCGGCGCACGGUGGCUGAAGCAUCGACAAAUAUAUGCGCCUGCAUUUGAGCAAAAUGCCGUUAACGGUUAUUUGCAGGUGGUGCAUCAAGCUGGCAAACGUUUAGUGGCGAAACUUGCCGAGCGCGCGGCUGCUGAUGGCGUCGCGAAAGUCUUGGAUGUGCAGCCGUUGUUGGGGAAGUGUACUUUGGAUAUUGCAGUCGAAAAUGCAACAGGCAUACCUAGCUUCGAGCUGAAUGAUGGCAGGACCGAAUUGCAUGCGGCAAUUAUCGACCUUUGUGAUGUGAUAAAGGAGCGCACAUUCAGCAUCGUAAAACGCUUCGACACGCUUUUCCAAUUAACGCCGCAUUAUUGGAAACAACGCAUCGCGCUCAGCACUCUUGAACGCAUAAUUAACAAGAUUGUCGAUCAACGACGACAAAGUCUGCAGCAGUCAGCUCAGCAACCACCAAUGCAACAGCAACAACAGGAGCAAAAAUUAUUAACAAGAACAACGGUGCGUCCUUUCCUUGAUGUGCUGCUGAAUGCGCAGCUGGACAGGCGUACGUUGACCAACAGAGAAAUAUUCGAAGAGCUUUCGACAUUCAUUUUUACGGAGCAUAAUUGCACAACAUCCGCGCUCUCCUUCACUCUCUACAUUCUCUCACGCCACAAUGACAUACAAGCGAAGCUCUACGCCGAACAGCAAGGCAUUUUCGGCACUGAUUCAGCCGAACAAUUGGCAAAUGUGUCUAGCGUGGAAUGUGUACAUUUGGAGCAGAUGCGCUAUUUGGAAUUCGUAAUACGUGAAACGUUGCGUUUAUAUCCGUCGGUGCCAUUAAUUGCACGCACCAAUCGCAAGGCAAUCGAUAUUGACGGAAUGAAAAUUGCCAAACGCACAACCGUUAUUAUGUGCCUAAUAGCCAUGGGCUACAAUGAAAAGUACUUUAAUGAGCCGACCGUUUUCCGUCCCGAACGUUGGGAGCAUAUCAAUGUGAACGAGUCAAUGGGGUUGCAGGCAUUCACAAGUGUGCCUUUUAGUGCGGGUCCGCGGAGAUGUAUUGCCGAAAAGUAUGCCAUGUACGAGCUGAAGGCGUUGCUCUCAAUGAUCGUGCGCAAUCUAGAAAUUUUGCCCGCUAAAGAUGGCCUGCCUUCAGGCAUAAACGAUCACUCGCGCAUGGAUUGUGUGCCGCAGAGUGAAUACGACCCCAUAUUGAAUAUACGCGUUACACUCAAAUCGGAGAAUGGCAUACAGUUGCGGCUAAAAAGAAGAAUAAACGCCACCAAACAAAAAAGUAGAGUUGUAACGAAAUGAAAAGUUAUGUAUAAAAACAAAGUUUUUUGGAUAAAUAAAAAUUA